UCGAUUUGAGCUCGAAAGCUUCUACUGUCAGGUAUAUUUGAAUCAUAUACUAGUACCUAGUGUUGAAGGGAUAUACUAUAUUAACGCAUUUUCUAGUCGCUGUGAGUGCAUGAGGCGCUGUUCGUCCGUGGAGUUCAGUCCAGUUAAUGAAAACGUGUUGCUUGUGGCCUGUGAUGAUGCUUUUGAGUCAAGCUCUUUGAUGGAAUUUGAUCUAAGGAAAAUGGAAGAACCACUCAUGAAAUUUUGUGAACAUUCAGAAGGUGUCAUCGCCAUGUCCUGGAGUCGAUGGAAUGACUUAGUCGUCACUACGAACAACCAUAAGGUGAUUGUUUGGGAUAUGUAUGAGAGACUGGUGAUUUCUGAGAAGAACUCCCAGAGUCGACUAUUUGAUGUGCAAUGGAACAAGACAUCGGAAGACACUUUCUUCUCUGAGGGGACCUCGGCAAGGUCAUUUGUAGCCGCAUCAGAUGGGCAGUUACAUCUGUACGAGGUUGAUUUCCCGCUUAUUACCUGAGACUUUAGACUUUGCAUAAGCAAAAAUAGUUGUAGCUAGUUAGAGUCGGAGUUAUAACAUGAUACAUGUGGAUGAACUCAGUUGAUUUGCUGAGAAAGUGAGAAUGCAAAUGUAAUAAUACGGACAUGAUCGACGUGGAUCAUGAUCCAUCAAAUGAUAAUUGAUACAUAUCUCAGUUUCUUUAUAGAUAAAUUUGA